AUGGGGCGCCGGUCGCCUAGAUUCGACAGAUGGCUCGUGGAGCGGUACCCGCUGAUCCGCCAGGACGUGACUGCGGCGAAUGGCCCGGAGGUCACUCACUACCUUUACGUCAAUGUCACCGAUAUUGCGGUCCUCGCGGGGGCCAAGUCCUCCUCGCCCCGCCGCGAAGACGUGGUUCUGGCGAUCCUGGCCUAUGUGGACUUCUUAGUGGACCUGUUGAAGCCCCGAAAGAAGGUGUUUUUGGCUCUUGACGGCGUUGUUCCCCUUGCUCUGUUCCACUCUGAAAGGUGCAGGCGCUUCAGUGCAGCAAAGCAGAGGGUAGAGCACUUCGACACGAACUCGAUUACACCUGGAACAGAUUUUAUGCACAGUCUGGACCAGCACAUCACUUUCUUCCUGCGACGCAAGAUGUCGGAAGACCCAAAUUGGCAAACUCCCAUUGUGGUUUUCUCAGGGUCAAGAGUUGCAGGUGAUGCGAAGUUCAAAAUGCUGGAGUGCAUUAGAGAGCAGCAGGCACUGCCUCAUGCAGGCCUAGCAAGCCACUGUGCAUACAGCACAGCACCGGAAAUGGCCCUGGUUGCUCUGAGCACUCAUGAGCCCCAUUUCUGCAUUGUCUCACCGAAGGAUGGCGUGGGCGGCCAAACUGCAAUGCACACAGCUCCACAACCUGAUGACUUUUGCAUAUGGCAUAUUGGUAUCCUGCGUGACUAUCUGGAGCUGGAGUACUCUGGACUGCCGACAUCAUUUCAUGUGGAAGUCGAUCGAGUGAUGGACGAUUUUGUGUUCCUGUGCCUCUUAUUUGGCAACAGUGUCCUCCCAGGUGUCCCCACUCUGGACGUCUUGGAAGGGGGACUGGAGCAGCUCAUGGCUGUGUACAAGGACACACUGCUCAAGACUCAGAAGCAAAUUAUUGAUGGAGGUGAAGUGCAGUCUGGUCACUUGGAAGAGUUACUGCACGAGAUGGGCAGGUUGGACAAGAAGAGGAUCGAAAAUCGAUACACAGCGACACUGUUGGCAAAGGCGCAGCCUGACCCAUUAAUGAGCAGUCGAAGUGUUCCCCUCUCCGAUGCACUUUUGAAGAGGCUCAUUGCUUGGCCAUAUGGACAGUGGUACACGUGUUGGAAGGACAUGUACUACUAUGACAAGCUCAAGUUCGAGAGGGGCAACAUGGAGGAACGACUGGAUGCCGUGCAUGCCUACGUUGAGGGGUUGCACUGGCUAUGGGACUACUACACAAAGGGUAUACGAUCAUGGACCUGGAGUUAUCGAUUUGACUACGCCCCAGUGCUAACAGACAUCGCCCAGCCAGGGGCCCAUCGACCACACCCAUCCCCACCUGAGAGAGGUUAUCCUCUUGCCAACCUGGAGUAUCUCUUGAGUGUUCUUCCCAAGAUCUCAGCAGGCCUGCUGCCUGACGAUCUGCGCAGCCUUGUGACCAACACCAACUCCCCUGUGGCAUCAUUAUACCCUAAUCAGUACAUGGUGGACACCGAUGGUGCCCGGUGUCCAGAGGAGCAGGUGAUCCAACUUGACCGCUUCGACAUCGACUGCCUGGUAGAGCACUUCCGGGAGGCGGACUUGGCAAAGUUGGACGUUCUGGGUGAGCGGCUGGUGGAAAAGAACAGCCCUGGCGAGGUGGUAAUCUUGAAGCAUGUUCAAGGAAUGAAAGACAUGGCUUUUUGCACAUCCACUCUGCCCGGCCACUUCCCUGAUGUGACAGAGCCCAACAGUCUGGCCUUCCUGCGUCGCCUGCCACCAUCGUGCAUCGACAAAGUUAGACCUGGAUCGUCAUAUGCGCAUAUGUCUGGUGAUAGAGGACGUUUACAAGAGCGCAGCCCUUCUCUAAUGGGAACACUGCAGUUCACUGGGAGUCUAGACGACAGCAGUGAUGGAGAGCAUCAGAAGUUCAUUAUCAGGGUUGACACAAACUGUGCCGCUGACAUUGAGCGACGAAGGCCUUCAGCCAAAUCGAUUUUCGAGUCAUUCAAAGGCAUGACAGUGUUUGUCGGAUGGCCAUUCCUCCAAGAGGCGCAUGUCUUGGCUGUAUCACAUGAGUGCCAUUCUGCCUCCCUGUCCGGCCAACAGGGGGAGAUUAGUGCGCAGCAACACUGCGAUGGCAAGUCCCUGGAGAAGAGAUUUCUGCAGCACAGUGGAAUUUCCACAGGACCAUGCGAUCUGUUGAUGCUUGUGGAGCUUCUGAGAUCGGGGCACAAAGAGACAUACCCACUGCAGGUGUGUCCUGCUGAUGACAGUGUGUUGAUGAUGAUGAUGAUGAUGAAUUCCUUGAGUACAUGGCGUUCGCUAAACCCAACUCCGCUCCCAGCAGCAUAA